AGUGCAUUCCAAUUAGAGGCAACAAAAUGGGUGAGGGUGUACGAAUGAUGGAGACCCCUUCACGGUCACAACGUUUGAGAAGCAGGCGUUAAAACGGCCGUCGCCGCCAAGGCGGUCAACAUGGUUAACAUGGUCAACAGGGGUUAGCGCUCCCAGCGUUGCUACCACCGCGUCCUCCGCUACGGUCACUACCACUGCUUACCCCCCCGGAGCCCCAAAUGGACCAGCCCCAAAACGUGGCCACAAGCGAUGGCAAGGAUGGGAAGGAAAAAUCCUCCAUCCCCUCCAACAGCGGCAGCUGGUACUACCCCUCCAGGAACCAGUUCUACCGAACGACUCGCAAAAAAGGGUACAGCUACUCCAAGGAGGAACUAGACGUGGCGCUCAAAAUCCACAACGCAGUGAACGAAGAAACGUGGAAGCGAAUAAUGAAGAAGGAGCAAAAAUAUUUCGACCUUUGCAAAGAGCAGAAGCUAAUCAGAUUCAUUGGACUCCCAAACAAGCUGUCGCUCAAGGCCUUCAUGCUCACCCUCAUGGGGUACAACAAGCCGUUUGACCGGCACGACUGGUACAUUGACAGAUGCGGGAGUACCAUCAAAUACAUCAUAGACUACUACGACGGGAAGAGUGACGAGCGAGCCCCCGUUUCCAUCUUCAUCGACGUCAGGCCCCAGCUCAGCGUGGGCAACGUGGUCGAUUAUUUUAAAAUGGUGUACAUCAGAAUGUGCAGGUAUUUCUUUUAGCCGGCUGGAGGUUCCCCCCCCCGAUGCGUAUGCGUGUGGAUAGGCUAUAUGAAUUCGCCUUUGUUGGCCAAAAUGGAAUAGCCCCAUGAGGAUUUCUUCCUCGGGAUUGCUUCCUCAGGAUUACUUCCUCAGGAUUGCUCUUUAUACAGAUCGCCCGCCAUGGCACUUUCCCCCCACUGGGU